AUGGACCCUGCCAUCGUCGGCAGCCCUCAAUUCGACAUUCUCUUUAAAACCGCUCUCCCAGGGCGUUACGUUGGUGCAACUGAACAAAUAUUUUCUCAGCCUUUAGUCUACACUCCUUCGGGCGGCACAAAGCAAUAUGUCUACCUCGCAACGACUCAGAACAACAUCUACAAGCUCGACGCCAAAACGGGUGUGAUUCUCGCCUCACGUAACAUCGGAAUCCCCUUUCUCACGGCUGAUCUCGAUGGCUGUGUCGAUGUUAAUCCAACAGUUGGGAUCACAGCUACUGGUACCAUUGAUCCCUUGACGGACACUUGGUAUCUUACCUCCAAAACAUACGUCGACCAGAACGCUGGCCAGGUUCCCCAAGGACGCCCGGCAGGGCGGUACAAGAUCCACGCUAUCAACGUCAACGACCUCUCCGAGCAACCCAACUUCCCCGUUGAUCUCGAGGGUGUAAUCGCGCGAAACAACCCCCAGCGUAUGUUCACCGGCGGUAUUCACCAUCAGCGCCCGGGCUUGCUUCUCACGGGCCAGUAUGUCUACGCUGGCUUUGCGUCGCAUUGCGUGCAGUAUAACUUCACCGGCUGGAUCAUGGGCUGGGAUAAAACCACGGGCAACAUCGUUGAGCACUGGGCCUCCGAGGGGCUCGGUGUAAGCAGCAAUAUCUCUGGUGCGGGAAUCUGGCAGUCUGGAGGUGGUCUUGCGUCCGACGAUGCAGGAUCUAUGUUCUUCGCUACUGGAAACGGAUAUGCCUCGCAGCUCUCCACAAUUCCUGUCAAUGGCUUCACGCCUCCAACUGCGAUGGAGCAAGCAGCCGUUCACAUGUCCAUCAACGACAACGGAACUCUCUCCAUUGUGGACUUCUUCAUGCCCUAUGAGAAGCAAGAACUCGACGGCGCCGACAAGGAUCUGGGAACAAGUCCGCUUCAGAUCCUGCCGAGCCAAUUCUCAUGCGGCAACGUUCAGCGGAUGGGCAUCGUCACGGGGAAAUCUGGAAAGACGUAUUGGCUCAAUCUUGAUGACCUCGGUGGAUAUCGUAACGGGCCCAAUUCGAAGGAUCGAGUUAUUCAGACAUUCCAAAAUGAGAAUUCUGUAUAUGCUGGUGCGGGAGUCUAUCCGUUAGAAGGAGGGUAUAUAUACAUCAACGUGAUCCAAUAUCCCACGCACGUCUUCAAAUUCUCGUGUCUCAACGGCAACGCCUAUUUUUCAAAGGUGGCUGAUAGCCCGGUGAGUAAUGCCUAUAUACUUGGAGUUAGUCAUGGGACAACUACAUCUUUAAACGGUCAGGAAGGCACGGGUCUUCUGUGGGUCUCCGAUGUGCAAAAUACCAACUUCAAGAUCUACGACGCCGUCCCUCAGAACGGGUACCUCAACGUCAUCCGAAACUUUACCAUUGUUGGUAUUACAAAGUUCAGCAGACCUGUCUUUGGAGAUGGCAUGGCUUAUAUCGGGACUACGACGGGAUUUUUCUAUGGCAUGGGAUCGACUAACAAGUCUCCUCUCAACUGCACCACGUCAGUUGACUUUGGCACUACCGAUUUCCAGAACGUCACUGCUCCCCAGACGAUUAACUGUACUGCCCUGUUUGAUCUGUCUAUUAGCAACAUUUCUCUUGCAGAUUCGAUGAACUACAAUAUCUCCCAGUCGCCAUCUCUGCCAUUGUCCAUGUCUGCAGGCGACAACCUCCAGUUCUCAGCACAAUUCUCUCCCAAGAGCGUUGGCCGUUUGAGUACCACCAUCAGCAUUCAAACAUCGGGCGUCGCAGACGGGUCUUACAGCAAGUCUACCAAGGUCAGACUCACAGGUGUCGGAAAGAGUUCCAACGCUUUGCUGGACGUCAGUCCCUUGUCCAUGGUAUUCACCGGCCUUGUCACCGGAACCCAGUCAUUGAACCAGAGUAUCCUCAUUGGAAAUGACGGUACAAGUGAUCUUCAGGUCUCGACGGUUCUGUACUCGAACACCUCUGCCUCUGGACCGUUCACUACCUGGACAGGAACUGGUAGUCUCACUGUUGGCAAGUUCGUGCUUUAUUGGAUCCCAACGACUGUGGGUGGAGGCAACGACACUGCGAUCUCUGUUGUGCCUGAUACGUCUUCUACUGGAAACUUCACAGCUUGGGUCAAGUUCGUCACUACUGGUGGUAACGCAACGGUUUCGCUAUCUGCCUCAGCUGGUGAUCCGCCAACAGCCCUUCUCGAGUUCCAGACACCAGAUGGAAGCGGCUGGGUUAAAUACGACCCCAACACACCCUUCACAUUCGGCAACGUCACAGAGAACACAUUCAGAUCCCUAAAAUUCCGAAUCACCAACACUGCAGCCACAGGCGGCGUCAAGCUCGGCCUCACCGUCUCCAAACCCCCCUUCGGCGUACCUGGCAUUGUCCGCUCAGCAAACCAGGUCGAUCUCGCCGAAGGCACGCUCAUAGCCCCAGGGAAGAGCCAAACCGCUACGCUUACCUGCGCCGUACCCAAGAGCCAAUGGAACAUCCCCUCCUACAAUGGCACCGCGCAGUGGACGAUCAACACCAACGAUCCUACCUGGAGUUUCGAGAAGCGCGCUGUUCAAUUCUUCUGCAACGCCGUCUCUGAGCAGGCUGCGCCUCUCCUACCUAGCGGUCAGGGCCAGUACCAAUACGUAGGCUGCUUCAAGGAGAACAACCCCGGUCGUCAACUUUCCAGUCUUCUUUACGCUAACAGCUCCAACACGAAUGAGAUGUGCAUCAACACCUGCGGCGCACAAGGCUUGACUUUCUGUGGAACGCAGUACCGUGAUGAGUGCUGGGCUGGAAACAAGAUUCCUAGCCAGAAAGUUGACGAUAGCAAUUGUAACUUUGACUGCGCGGGCAGCCUGAAUCAGUUUUGCGGUGGAAACGGCGUUGAUGGGAGCGGUGCUUACAUCAGCGUCUUCGCCAAUUCCCUCCAGUGGGAUGGUUCUUUCGCCAGUGUUACUACCAGCAGUGCCGGAAGCACCGCCACGCCCCAGGGUCCGUCUGUCAACCCUGGUGUUAGCGGUUACACCAGUAUUGGAUGUUACACCGAAGCUACUUCCGGUAGAGCCCUUCCUAACGGUCGUGGUGUUGACUCGCCUACUGUUGCGAACUGUGUCCAGGCUUGUAGUAGCGAUAACUUCGUCUAUGCUGGAGUGGAAUAUGGAGGAGAGUGCUACUGUGGUAAUAGCUUCUCAGAUGGUUCGGUGCCAGCACCCAUUGCGGAUUGCGGCAUGCUCUGUAACGGUAUGCAACUCGAGUGA